ACGCCGACGGCAAAGGCUGGCUGUGUUCACGUGCCUCUGCGGAUCCGCUUCCUAGAUCAACCAUGGCCCAGCCCGGGACCCUGAACCUCAAUAACGAGGUUGUGAAGAUGAGAAAAGAAGUGAAGAGAAUCCGAGUUUUGGUUAUCCGAAAACUUGUCAGAAGUGUUAGCAGACUGAAGUCAAAAAAGGGUACUGAAGAUGCGCUGUUAAAAAACCAAAGGCGGGCACAACGAUUACUUGAAGAAAUUCAUGCCAUGAAGGAGUUGAAACCUGAUAUAGUAACUAAAUCUGCUCUUGGUGAUGAUAUCAAUUUUGAAAAAAUCUGCAAAAAGCCUGAAUCUACUGCGACUGAAAGAGCAAUUGCCCGAUUAGCAAUGCACCCUCUUCUGAAGAAAAAAAUAGAUAUGCUUAAAGCUGCCGUCAAAGCCUUCAAAGAUGCAAGACAGAAUGAUGCUGAAGUUAAGUUAUCAAGGAAUGCUUCAGAAAAAAAUCAUUCCAAGGACACUUCAUGUUCAAAUGAUAAUGCCAUUAAGUUGCAGCAUGAAGGUGCUGUUAUCAGUGAGCAAAGUGAUGGAGAGGAAUCACAUGAAGAAGAGCAGGAGUAUUUUGAUGAUAGCACAGAAGAAAGGUUUUACAAACAGUCUUCCAUGUCCGAGGACAGUGAUAGUGGAGAUGACUUCUUUAUUGGGAAAGUCAGACGGACACGAAAGAAGGAAAGUAAUUGUCCUUCUUCAGUUUUGGAACAAAAAUCUCCCAAAAAAGUGUUCCCUGAAGAAGAUAUACUUGAAACCCGUGAGAGUAUAAGAAAUGUCAGAAACAAGCCAAGUACAGAAGCAAGGAAGUUUGAAUCAGUGUUUUUCCAUUCUUUAUCUGGAUCUAAAAGCUCUAGAAGAAAUUACAGAGAACAGGCACCAAAAAGUAACACCCCAGGUUUUCAGCAAAAUGACCCUCAACUCAAAAAUCAGUUUAUUAAGAAUGCACCAAGAGGACCAGCAAAUAUAAAACAGCAGACACAGCUGCCUCUUCAUCCUUCAUGGGAAGCAAGCAGGAGGCGAAAAGAGCAGCAAUCUAAAAUUGCUGUGUUUCAGGGGAAAAAAAUUACGUUUGAUGAUUAAUUAGUACCUCUUUUUGUGAACUUUUCCAUCUAAAAAAUUGUUUUCCUUCUUUUUGUUUUUUACCAGCCCAUUAUUUAAACUCAUAUUUGGAUAAGUCUUUUUGGAGGAGGUGUAGAAAUCAGUUUGUUGUCUUUAUUUCUCUUUUUUAAGUAUGUUCAAGUUAUGUUUACAUAAAUCUUGCACAAAUCUA